AAAUGUUGCAUAGCGCUGGUUGUUUUCGGAGGGGUGGUGCACAUUUCCUGUUUCUUGUCUCACUCAGUGCCACGAUCAGUCGGCAUGUCAGAGCUCUGAGGAUGUUUCUUACACAGAGGCCGAAAUGAGCUGAAGUCCACUCUGGUUGAUUUGAAUCCCUCACGUCCAUCGACCUGCUUCUCCAGCAGUGAGAUCUUUUAACCCAACGAUGAUGCGUCUCAGCGUGAAGGCCUGUCUGCGUCUUCUAUGUGGAAUAUCUGUUUUGCUUUCGGUGGAGUCGGAGAUCACUUCCAUCACAGAAACCAGCAGCCAGGCGGCUACUGCUGCACCGAACACGGCAAACAUGCUGCUCACCUCUGCACACGAGGAAGCAGAGACACAGGCUGCCACCUUGGAUCGCUCUGCAACUCACAAUCCUGCAGAAGUCACAGCAACAACUCAUAUCGCUGAUUCACGCACAGCAGAAACAGAGGAGGCGGCUGCGAGCAGCUCAAACGGCAGCACGCCUGGUUUGCUUGUUGUGACCACAGCAGCAGCAGCAGCAGCAAGAAGCUCAGGUCCACCGACGCUUCAGACCCCAGCGGCGGUGACCACACCUCGGCCUACAGGUGACGCACAAACUCCCCAAGAUACGACAAUCUCUGAAACGGUGAAACCUACAGAGGAUAUCACACAACAACCAUCAUCCACAACCUCUACCCACGUGACUUCUCCUGAAACGACCUCUGCAACCUCCCGGCGCCUCACAUCCACGACUAAACCUGAGGUUACAUCAGGUUUAUCUCCCAGCACCACCUCUCAGACGUCACACACCGUCAGCAGUCCCUCAUCUUCUACUGUGACUGUAACAAACCCUGCCUCCGAGGUAUCUGACCCCACCUCUUCACCCGUCACGACGACCAAGACCCUCUCCACCAGCAGCUCUGAGAGUUCAGCCUCGUCGCACUCUCCCACCGAGCCUCCCACCGAGCCUCCCACCGACGGCUCCUCCAGCUCCACCUCCCUCGUCUCCACCAGUCCGGCGGGUAUCUUUCCCAAGAGGUUGUCAAUCCCAUGGACCACACCGACUCCAGCAAGUACAGCAGCACCUUGUAAAGUCUCAAAAGUCCCACCCAGCACCUUCGAGGCCCAGGCCUGCUCCACCCGCGGCGCGGUGAGCCACUGCCUCAUCGCCAUCGCCUCUCUGGCUGUGCUGGCCUGCAUCUUCAUGGUCUCCACCGUCAUCCUGUGCACCAAGCUGUCAUCCAGGAGGUACAAGGUCAAGAGGCCCAAGGAGUCGACUGAGAUGAUGUGCAUCUCCACCCUGCUGCCCGAGGAGGACUUCAUCUACACCAGGCACCGCACCCCCAUCGCCAACGGGGUCCUGGUGUUCCCGAGUGGCAGAGACAGCGACGAGGAAGGAGGAGAUAACGUCACCCUCAGCAGCUUCCUACCAGAGAACGACCGCUAUGUUUAGAGACAAUUGACAACUCAAAGCUCUUCACAGUCAGAGUCAUUCACUUCACGCUGCGCUUUUUCCUUUCCAGCCCAGACGUUAGGGCCAGUUUGGGAUUCAGCAUCUUGCCCCAAAGAUACUUCAGAAUGCAGCCUGGAGGAGUCAGGGAUCGAACCGCCGACCUUCCUCUCUACCUCCUGAGCCAAGAUCAGGGUGUUGUCAGUGAUGUGGAGACAGUUGCUGUUUAAAUAAUAAUAAAUGCUUCCUCUGUGGUGUUGGUGGUUAGGCUUCAGUACACACUCCUGCAGGAAGUAGAGACAGACACCACACACACACACAUGCACACACUUUGUUUUAUUAUCUUACACUGAAGACUGAAUGCUUGGAGGAGGAGCACUAGCGAAGAUUUGAUUUUUUCUGAGCCUUGAUGGUAUUUCACUCAGGAAGACUGGUUUUGUCACAGACACUGGUUUCUGGUCCCUGUGAGGCUUUAUCACAUGAAUGGAGUAUUUUAUUUUGUUGAUGACAAACUGUAUGUGUCUCUGAACGAGAGAAUGUUUGUUUUGAAAUGCAGUUUGUGGGAUAAUUUAUUAAAGGAGAAUUGUAUUUAA